CACAGAGUCUCUCGUCUCUGGGACUAUGGCGGUGUUCCGAUGUUCUUGGUCGUCUGGCGUUGUUUUAAGGGAUGUCGUUGUUAAAGUUGUUCAUUAGGUUUGUUUAGUAAUGAGUUUAUAGCUGAGCUCGGAGCUCAAUAUUAACCCUAACCCUUAUACGCUUUAUGACUUCCAAUUUUAGAAAAGAAAGUCAGCUUUAAGAGAGUUAAUAAUAGAAAGGCAGUUAACUUACAGAGAAUUAUUGUUUUGUUUAUUUGCUCUACACGAAGAUCAGUAAACAUAGAUAUAAAUAACUAUCAAAAUUAACAUAUCAAUGUCGUAAGAUUUGACAAGAAACGAACUUGAGAUUAUAAAUGCAUCGAAGUGGAAAAACUAUGAGUAUCUCCUUACCAUCAAAAAGCGAAGCCAACGACGACAAACUUGUAGAAGUUUGUUUAGUGUGUGGAGACAGGGCGUCAGGGCGCCAUUAUGGAGUCAAAAGUUGUGACGGCUGCCGUGGCUUUUUUAAACGGAGCAUUCGCCGGAACUUGGAAUAUGUUUGCAAGGAAAACGGAAAUUGUGUGGUCGAUCCUGUUCGCAGGAAUCAAUGUCAAGCUUGCCGAUUCAAGAAAUGUCUGGAAGUCAAUAUGAACAGAAAUUGUGUACAACAUGAACGUGCGCCACGCACUAACAGGACAUCACAUGACUCGCCUACACUGAGUGAAAAAAGAUACACUUACCUUGACAUUGGCCCAAGUUCUUGCUCAAACUUAUUAUCUUCAAGGUUAAACAUAAACAUUUUAUCCUCAAGCCUUGAUCUCAGCUGUCCAGGGGUUUAUCCACAUCUAAUGCACCCACAAGCUCAUGGCUUAAGACAGAGGUUUUUAGCGGGCCCACCUUUUAAAUCUAACACCUCCCAACUACAAGGUUUUUUUCAUGGAUUGCCGUCAACGUUAAUUAGAGACACGUCAUCCGCGAUACGAAUAUUUGACAAGUUAUGUCACCCAUCUAUGUCCAUCAACCCACACGUAGAAACUAGAGGACUGGAUCAAACAGGACAGGAAAAUACUUGCGUUGUCCAGAUGGAGGGGAGGACUGGCUUCAUGCAUGGCAACACUAUAUUACCAGCCCCAUUAGUCAACACACCAACACAUGGCAACAUUUGCCAUAGCAACAUCUCCGGACAAGAAUUUGAAAAAAAAACAGAGAACAAUUCAUCCAAACCCACCAGCCCGGAGAAAAUUAAUUCAUUAGAUACAUUGCAAGGGGUCUCCAAACUUUUCAGUCCGAGGGCCGCAUUACCUAUCAAAUUUCAGUUCGGGGGCCAGUUUCUUUCAGAAUCAAUGUCAAGUCCACCGAUGUCAAGUCCACCGAUGUCAAGUCCACCGAUGUCAAGUCCACCGAUGACAAGUCCACCGAUGACAAGGACACCUUCCAAAUUGUGUGUUUCCUCACCUGGUGUGCUCAUGCCCACACCAAUCAACCCUCUCCACUCUGCUCACCUGCCCUUCUCUGUCUACCUACCUUACAACAUGACCACAGAUACAGGACCAUGUUUUCAAUUUCUCAGUUCGCCGCUGUCCCAUCCUUUUUUUUCCUUGGCAAACGGAGCAAGUUUACCAAUCCAGAAAGUAAUUUCAUUGGCUGAGGAUGUACUUUUCUCGUGCGCCAAGUGGGCAAGGUCACUCCCAGCCUUUAUUUCAUUGGAUGAAUUUGACCAGAGGGCGCUGUUGGAGACUACAUGGGGAGAGCUCUUUGUGCUUUUUGCUGCCGAAAAAGGAUUUCAUUUUGAUACAAACGCCAUCCUUUCGACGUUCGACUUCGCUCACGACGUCUCUGUGAAGCAUAGCCAGGCUCUGCUCAACUUGUAUGGCCAGCUUCAAGAAAUUCGUGACGUCAUCAACUGUUUUCAAGUUCUGAAAGCUGACGUCACCGAGUGGUCAUGGUUGAAAUCAAUAGUGCUCUUCAGAUAUUAUGCAAAGGGGAUCCAAGCAGUCGCAACCGUUCACCGCUUGCACGAAGGGGCUCACAGGUCGCUGAUGUCACACUGUGCUAGCUCCUACACCACCGAUCUUCUAAGGACCAACCGUCUUCUUCUUUUGUUACCAAGAGUUCGAGACAUAUCAACAGACGCCAUUCGUCUUGCUUUCUUCAGCAAUGGCGGCAUGCAGGAAGUUAACGUGGCCAAAUUUAUUUUCAACUUGCUGCACUGACCAACUGACCAUCUCCUAUCAUUCUGAUUUAUAAUUGUUUGCUACACUGACCAACUGACCAUCAUUCUGAUUUAUAAUUGUUUGUCCCACUGACCAACUGACCAUCUCCUAUCAUUCUGAUUUAUAAUUGUUUGCUUCACUUACCAAACUUCUGGACUUUUUCUAGUUCUGUAGUAAAUAA